CGUUUGGUAGCUAGAUUUUUCUUCGCUCUUCAGUUGAUAACUGCUUCUCGUUUUCUAGAUCUUUUGUGCUUAGUAAAUUUUUCGAAUUUUCUCCAAUAAAUACCAAUUGUGCAGGUAUUAAACCGUGCUCAAAUUGUGCCAUAUUGGAUACUGAAAUCGGAAAAGAUUGAAGUGACGGCAAAGCUAGCAAAUUCCGUGCGAAACGAUCAAUCGAACGAAAAGCAUCAGCGCAUCCUCAGAGGUCAAACCUAGUUGCUGCAGCAAUAGUGCAAAAGCCUGCCGAUUUUUCUCUUGCGACCAGUUUCUUCUAUCCGGUCAAAAUUUGCGUCGUAAAGAUGGAUCUGUUGAAGAAGAUGAUGGGCCUGGAUGGUCACACAGGGGACGACGAUGACAAAAGAAAAAAGAAACCAACCGUAAAGGAUGAAUUCCGUAAACCCGUCUGGGUCGAGGAGUAUGACAGCGACGAUGAUCUCUUUGACAAUCAAAAAAUUAUGGGCGUUCAAAUUUUCACCAAUCCGUUGGAGAUUCAGAAGCACUUCGACCAUCAGAUCCAGGAAAUGAUGAAGAGUUUGGAGGAAUUUGAUGACGGUGCCAUUAAAGCUUUUGAUCACAAUUUGAAACAGGACUUCCUGAAGCCUGGUUUCGAAGAUGAAAUCAAAAAAGAGCUCAUGAAAGAAAAUCUGGUUGAUACAGAUCUCGAUGGAGAAAUCUAUCCGGAUCAAUUACACACCCUGUUGCAACGUAUCUCACCGGAUCUAAAAGAGCUGCUACCGAAGAAGCGCGGAUCAGGCACACCUUCCAGAUCGGAACCGAAAAUGAAGCUUACUGACGAGCAAAAGAUCAUGGACUGGAUUCAUGGUUACAAAGAAUCGGAUCCGUUGCCGGCAGUGCGUCCGCGUGCUCCACGCAGAAUGCCAUCUCAACGUUUCCAUGACGGUAUAUUCGAAGGCACAUUCCAAGGGCCACGCAUGUUCGGGCAGAGUAUAAUUUCACAAACAAUCCGGAAACCUGAUGGAACUUACGAAACUCGCAAAACGGUUCGCGACUCGGAGGGCCACACUAAAACUACCAUCACCCGUUCGACCAAAGAUGGUCAAAAGGAAACCAUAACAACUUACGGCGACGAAGGCGGGUCUACCGGGAUGGUGAAACCCUUCAUUGGGGGCAUCACGGUGCCGAAUUCGGAUAGCAACGAUUCUGUUGCUCACGCGCUGCUAGAUUCGGACCAGGGUUGCCGCAAGCACCUCUACUCCAAGAAUGGUUACGUCUUACCGAAGAACCUCUGGUGACUUCAAGCGCAAGUAAACCGUAUUGAGCUAACUACCGUACUAGUAGAUCAACGGUUGAAAUCCCAUUACUCUUAUAACAUUCACUUCCCAUGCCGUGGAAUGACAGCAGUCAUCCACCGGCCAUCAUUGUCGUUUAUCGAGCCAAAUAUGUGUGUAGUAUUAGUAGUAGCAAAACUUCACUCCACUAGCGAGUGCAAUGACCGUUCUGAGUGUAACAUUGAUAAUAUCAACAACUACUGUCCUAUCAAUGAUCUUGAUGAAACUGAACAACAGCAGAUAACCCUGUAUCCCUUGACAACAAAAGUCGUUAGUAGCCGAACCGAAUGUCCUUUCGUUUUCCAUUUGUGUAACUUACUUCUAGCGUUAGUAAUUAUCAGUUUAAGCAGUGUUCGAGUCUUACUUUCCUUAUCCAACAGCAACUAUACCCAAGACACCGUUGCGCAGAGAAGGCGGACGAUUGAACGACACAGUAUUACAGAAAUCUGGCGAAGAUCAAUGGCCACCCGUCUGUUAUGAAAACCAGCCUGCUGUCAGGCGUUCAACUGUUGUCAACCUGUGCACGGUACAUCUUCGGCCAGAAGAAGUUUGUGAUAUACUUUUACGUUAAAUCGUUAUCUAUGCGUCUUAUUGAAUAAGUUUGCGAUUAGUGCUAAUAAUUUCAGUUGACUGUGGUUGAACCUGGGAUUAUUCCCAGGGUGAACGUUUACAAACUGGCUCAGCAGAUGCGAUCCGAAGGUGUGAUCGCGCGAGUUUUACUGAUUAGAUAUUUUCGGAAACGUGAAAAAUAUUGAAUUAAUGUAUAUUUUUACUAUGUAAGAAUUUUUUUUAUUGACUCAACAAUUAUAGGUUUUUAAAAGGAAAAGGGGAGGAAAACAAGACAGUUGAUAUCCCACAUUUGAAUCAAAGUCAUAAAUUAUACAAAUAUAUACAUUAUCUACCAUCAAAGUUUUCAGUAGUAAGAUUCUAGUGUCGUCGCUACAUUAGUAGUUGGGCGGAGACAAAAAUGUGAGAGCUGGUAACACCUUCCAGAAAUUAAAUGUUAGCAUCCAAUGCAAACUUUGAAGCUCAAUCGCACAUUCACUUUAUCAAAGUCCUGAGCAAAUUCUUACAUGCACGUAUAGCGAAACGAAUUCAAUUUUUUUUUUUUUUUUGUAUUAUCGCCACAGCAUUAAAUGAUGCCGGCAUAUUUAACACGUUCGAUUGGUUCACGUCACUGUCUCCGCCGAACUAUAAAUAUAGGAACUAUAAUUUCUAGCCAGUGUGAGCGUUAGUGGUGAACAGACAAUGAAAACAUCAUUACUAUGUGCUGAACGGUAUAUUUUUACCGAUACUGGAAACAACGUUGACCCCUCACACAAGGUCUCCUUGACGAAUGCUAGAGCUUUGCUAUACGAAAUCUUUGAUUUGUUGUAGCUUUCCCCACUGUCAAAGGAACCCGAUUCACAGAAAUACAUAACGACAUCAGUCUACUAGAAAGAUAAAUAUUUUGCUUCUCAUGA